AUGGGCUGCCUAAAGAUGUUUAUCUUACUUAAAUGCCUUAAGUUUGGCCUUUGCCGUAGCGGCUUGACUGGUCUUGAGUACCACUGCUGGUCUUUUCCAUUUGCUCAGCUUUUGGCUCUGCCUGUGGGGCCGCAGGACCAGGUCUCAGGCGUUCAAAGACCAUGCGAGAGAGCCAUGGUGAAGGAAAGCAGUCGCCGUUCCCCACUCCCAACACGCAAAGCAGCCGUUGUCAAAGAUAGCAGGAAGAAGGAAUGGGUCGCGGAGAAGCUCUCCACCUCCUUCGGCAAGACUGGCAGUUUUAGCGUGCUGGUGGAAGCUGCGGACAAGACACGCACGGAGUUCAAGGUGUCCUCAGUGAUCUUGUCUUCUUGGUCUGACGUCUUUGACAAGAUGAUGAACCACGACUUCAAGGAGCAGACGCAGAAGCAAGUUGUCAUCAAGGACUUCUCACUGCAUGGCAUGGAGGCCUUCUUGCGCUUCCUGUAUUCCGGGACCUUGGAUGCAGACGUUCAAACACUUGUGGAGGUCAUGGUGAUUGCUGACAAGUACCAGGUGAAAGAGCUAUCAAGCCAUUGCUAUAAUGUUCUGAACGAGCAGAUGAACGAGAAGGCUGUUUGGGACAUCGUCAAGGCUUCCGACAAGUUUCAUCGCGAAGAUCUUCGGAGCGCAGCAAUCAACCAAAUCCUCAUCCAACCGAAGAUGGUUUUGCAGGAACGGCCGCCUGCGAGCGACGAACUUUUGCAGGAAGUGCUCGGUUCCGACUUCUUGUGCCUUUCCGAUGAGGAGUUGCUGGAUCUUCUCAUCAUGUGGGAGGAUGCGGAUGAAGGUUGUAUGAGCAAGUUUGAUCUAAUUGCAAAGCACGUUCGUUUGGAGAAGGUUCCGGCCGAAAAGAUCAAAUCCAUGGUGUUGAUGCCCGAGUUCGGAUUCUGCAAGCCUUUCAAAACAAAGACCAUUCGCAGUGAAUACACUGACGAUGUGCUUUGCAGUCUGAAGGAGCGGUGUAAGAGUCAACAUGGAGAGGAAUGGGACGAAGUCUUCCUCUCUGACUGGGUGAAUAUUAUCCACACUGAAGGCGCCAUCAGUGAUGAUGUUGAUUUAGUGGAGUUAGCUUAUCAGUGCGAUCAAUGCGAGCUGGAAGCAGGGAACUGGGUGGAGUGGAGGUUUCCUCUCUUUGCAGUCAAGCUCCUGGGCAUCUCGAUAAACGAAGGCGCAGAAGUGGCGGAAGGUACUCACUUCAUCGUGUCAUGUGAAAAGAAGGGCAGCCCAGGCAGUAUGCAAGAGGUUUUCCGUUCUGAGGAGCACGGUCAAAUCUUUGCAGAACAGUCCUUCCCAUGCCAAUGUGAUUUCGUUGCCAACUGUUUCAGGGUCGAGGUGACCUUUGGCACUCUUGACGUGUGCUGCUUUACUUUUGAAGGAUUUCUUCUAGAUGAUGAAGAUUGA